AUGUCAGCUUUGUCUAUGCCUGCGAAGACUCUCCUUAUGGGAGGGGCAUGCUACGGUGCAGGAGUAUUAUAUAUGACUACAAGAUAUUACGACUCCUGUCUGUUAAAGAAGAUAUUUGUGCGCUCUGACAAAAUCUACGAAAAAGUCAAGGUCGGACAUCAUGCCGGUGUCCCUCCACCAUCACAGUAA